AUGAAAAGAAGUUUUGAUGAUGAUCUAGGUUAUGGUUUCAUGCAUGAAAAUAGAAUGGAUCGAGGUGGACCGCCACCUAUAGGUGAUAUGAUGGACAUGAUGGGAAAUUACCCCAACCCCUCAAGUCAGACACGGCUUCAGAUUGUAGCUUCACCUGGUCUAUCUAACGCCUAUCUUGCUAGACUGGCUAACCUGGUACCAGGAUUAGAAUAUUGUGACUUGAACGAACAGACUGGAAUGGCGUACGUACGAUAUACUAGUCCACAAUGUGCUGCCUACGCUAGAGAUAAGCUGGAUGGAUUUGAAUAUCCAAUAGGAUCUAGAUUAAUGGUGAGGUAUCCAGAGGAAGGCACAGAAGCUCGAGGAUACGGAUCCAAAAGGUAUGUUUGUCUCCAGGUGGAGUGGUAG